ACUUUUUUUUCUGACCUUGUUUGCGUUGUUGACUGUGAUUCAGCAAAUCCUUCAGCUUUAUUUACCUCUUUACUUUAGACAAUCGAUGGGCGCAUAGCGUUUAUUCAUGAAAUCAAACAAGUGUUUUCUAUCAAAUACAGUAAAAGUUAUGAAGAUGCAUCAGUUUAACUCUGGAAAGUGUCACUGCAUGAAAUAUUCAUGAAAACCUCCUCAGUCUUUACAUCUGAUGCUGUGAAGCCCCCUGUGGGUGGGCUGAGGUACUGCACGCCUUCUCCUCCUCCCUCCUCCUAUCCCUCCUCCCUCUCGGAGCCGGAGCUGCAUUCCUCUCCUCUCCAUUCACACGCAGGGAGCCGUCGGAGAGGGAGCACCGCCGCUGCGUGACCAGCGUGGAAAUGUUUCCAAGUUUUGGAAUUUAAAACCAUGGCGGGGAUUUGGGUCCCGGGGAUCCCGUGAAGACGACUCCCAGCUCGUGCCUCUGAGGAUGCCGUUCCCGACGACUGCUCACAGCGCUGCAACCGGGACAAGAGAUCAAUAGCUUUUUUUUCCCCCUCUCCCCUGUCCUUCUCUGUCUCUGAUCCUGUCCUCCUUUAUUCUUUCAUAGGAGAGCAGAAUAAAAGCACAUCGUGAGUUGAUUUUGGAACUCAGGCUUUGCUCCUCCUCCUCCUUUUCCUCCCCCCCACCCCUUCCCCCAAGCCUUGCCCCUGGACAGCUCAGAUAUGUUUCCUUCUGUUCGGUCAGCGGCUUUCCCGGGCCAGAGGAACUUGUUGCUCCUCCUGGGGCUUUUACUCAUCGUGUGCUCAUCUAUAUCUGGAGGCAAACCUCCAGCUUUUAAAAGGUUUGCUCCCGCCAACUGUUUGCUCACACAUCUGGUCAUCCACAACAAGACUGGAGAGGUCUAUGUGGGAGCUGUCAACCGGAUUUUCAAGCUGUCCAGCAACCUGACGGAACUCAGAAGUCACAUGACUGGCCCAGUGGUGGAUGAUGAGAAAUGCUACCCUCCACCCAGUGUCCAGUCCUGCCCUUAUCAACUGUCCCAGACUCCUAAUGUGAACAAGCUUCUUCUUAUAGACUACUCACAGAACCGCCUCAUCGCCUGUGGCAGCACCUCGCAAGGAAUCUGUCAGUUCCUGCGUCUCAAUGACCUCUUCAAGCUCGGCGAGCCUCACCACCGAAAGGAGCACUAUCUUUCCAGCGUGGCUGAGUCUGGGACCAUGUCAGGCGUGAUCAUAAGCUCCCCCCAAAAUCCCGUUAGCAAGCUUUUCAUAGGAACCCCCGUUGAUGGCAAAUCCGAGUACUUCCCUACGCUGUCCAGCCGCAAACUGAUGGAGAAUGAAGAAAAUGCAGACAUGUUUAGCUUCGUCUAUCAGGACGAGUUUGUUUCCUCCCAGCUAAAGAUCCCGUCAGACACCCUUUCGAAGUUCCCCACUUUCGACAUCUAUUACAUUUACAGCUUUAGCAGCGAACAGUUUGUGUAUUACCUCACCCUGCAGUUAGAUACCCAGCUGUCCUCCCCGGAUGCCACCGGAGAGCAGUUCUUCACCUCCAAAAUUGUCCGCCUCUGUGUGGAUGACCCAAAGUUUUACUCCUACGUUGAGUUCCCUAUUGGUUGCACUAAGGGCGGCACGGAGUACCGUCUGGUGCAGGACGCCUUCUUGGCGCGACCUGGCCGGCAGUUGGCCAACUCUUUGGGGAUUUCCGAAAACGAAGACAUCCUCUUCACCAUCUUCUCUCAGGGUCAAAAGAAUCGGGCCAAACCACCCAAAGAGUCGGCGCUGUGUCUGUUCACUCUAAAGAAGAUAAAGCAGAAGAUCAAAGAAAGGAUUCAGUCGUGUUACAGAGGAGGCGGGAAGCUCUCCUUACCCUGGCUGCUGAACAAGGAGCUCAUCUGCAUCAACUCGCCUCUGCAGAUCGACGACGACUUCUGCGGUCAGGACUUCAACCAGCCUUUGGGGGGGACCAGCCCCAUUGAGGGCGUUCCUCUCUACAUAGACAAGGAGGAUGGCAUGACCUCGGUGGCGGCGUACGACUACCGAGGCAACACCGUGGCGUUUGUGGGCACGCGUAAUGGAAAGCUCAAGAAGAUUCUGGUGAACUCUGUGAACUCAAACCGCUCGGCGGUUCUGUAUGAGAAGGUGACCGUCAGCGAGGGAGGAAGUCCCUUACUGAGAGACAUGCUGUUCAGCCCCGACCUGCAGCACAUCUACACCCUGACCGACAGACAGGUGGUGAGAGUUCCCGUGGAGAGCUGCGAGCAGUACACCACUUGUGGGGAGUGUUUGGGCUCCAGAGACCCUCACUGUGGUUGGUGUGUUCUCCACAAUGUAUGUUCUCGUAAGGACCGCUGUGAACGAGCAGGAGAGCCUCAGAGGUUUGCUUCAGACCAGCGGCAGUGCGUGGAGCUGACUGUUCAGCCAGGAAAUAUCUCUGUCACCAUGUCAGAAGUGCAGCUGGUCCUCCAGGCUCGUAAUGUGCCGGAUCUGUCGGAGGGGGUCAACUGCUCCUUCGAAGACUACGUGGAGACCGAGGGCCGGAUCCAGGGUGAACACAUCUUCUGCCUGUCUCCUUCUGCCACGGACAUCGCCCCAAUCACCAAGAACAAAGGUGACAAACGGGUGAUCAAACUCUACCUCAAAUCCAAGGAGACGGACAAGAAGUUUGCCAGUGUCGACUUUGUCUUCUACAACUGCAGCGUCCAUCAGUCCUGCCUCUCCUGCGUGAACGGCUCUUUCCCGUGCCACUGGUGCAAGUUCCGCCACAUUUGCACUCAGAACGCCUACGACUGCUCCUUCAUGGAGGGGCUCAUCAAGAAUUCGGAGGGUUGCCCCCAGAUCCUGCCCUCCACCCAGAUCUACAUCCCGGUCGGCGUGACCAAGCCCAUCCACUUAGCAGCCAAGAACCUGCCGCAGCCGCAGUCGGGACAGAGGAACUACGAGUGCGUCUUCCACAUCCAGGGGGAGACCCACAGCGUUCCGGCCGUGCGCUUCAACAGCACGUCCAUCCAGUGCCAGAAAACAGCGUACAAUUACGAGGGCGAUGACAUCAGCGACCUGCCGGUGGAUCUGUCUGUGAUGUGGAAUGGAAAAUUUGUCAUCGACAACCCACUCAACAUUAAAGCUCACCUGUACAAGUGCGACGCAUUAAGAAAAAGCUGUGGGAUGUGCUUGAAGGCCAACCCCAGGUUUGAGUGUGGUUGGUGCGCAGCAGAGAAGAAGUGCUCACUGAGACAGGAGUGUACCCCCCCAGAAACUACCUGGAUGCAUGCUACCACUGGAAACACUCGUUGUAUACACCCCAAAAUCACAAAGCUGACUCCAGACUUGGGACCCAGGCAGGGGGGCACCAUGCUGACCAUCCUCGGGGAGAAUCUGGGCCUGCAAUUCAAAGACAUCCAGAACGGAGUCCGCAUCGGGAAAGUGAUCUGCAUUCCUCAGGAGGAGGAGUACAUCAGCGCUGAGAGGAUCGUCUGUCAGCUGAACGAUGCAACAGGUUACCGGGUGCAGCACGCUCAGGUGGAGGUGUGCGUGAGGGACUGCCUCCAUCCCGACUACAAAACCGUGUCAGCCAAGCCCUUUACCUUUGUGACUCCGUUUUUCACCCAUGUCCACCCCAACGUCGGGCCUCAGUCCGGAGGAACUCGGAUCACCAUCGAAGGCAGCGAUCUGAACGCGGGUAGCAACGUCACUGUGAAUAUCGGACUGUACCCGUGCCGCUUUGAGAAGCGGAACAGCAAGGAGAUUGUCUGCGUGACUUCAGCUGCGAAGGCCACAGGCGCCAUGCCGGUCAUGGUGGACAUCAACUCUGCUGAGCUGAGGAACCCGGAGGUCAAGUUCAACUACACCAGCGAUCCCACCAUCCUCAAAAUCGACCCUGACUGGAGCAUCGCCAGUGGAGGAACAACUCUGACCGUCACCGGAACCGACUUUGCAACCAUCAAAGAGCCUAGAAUGCGGGCCAAGUACGGAGCAGCACUGUCCGUUAACAACUGCACCGUUCUCAACAACACCGUCAUGGUGUGUCUGGUGCCCUCUGUGGCCGGGUCCGACCAGCUCCUCCCGGACGCCGUCAUCAGCCCCGACGAGAUCGGAUUUGUCAUGGAUGACGUGCACUCCGUGCUGGUGGUGAACGAGACCUUCAGCUACCACCCGGACCCUGUGCUGGAACCCCUGAGCCCCACGGGGAAGCUGGUGCUGAAGCCAACCUCACCGCUCAUCCUCAAGGGUCGAAACCUUAUUCCUGUGGUCACAGGGAACUACAAGCUGAACUACACGGUGCUGAUCGGGGACACGCCCUGUGUGCUCACCCUGUCUGAGAGCCAGCUGCUGUGCGAGUGGCCUAAUCUGACGGGAGAACACAAAGUCACAGUGCGCGUUGGAGGUUUUGAGUACUCUCCAGGGACGCUGCAGAUCUACUCGGACAGCCUGCUCACCCUGCCUGCCAUCAUAGGUAUAGGAGGGGGCGGCGGCCUGCUCCUGUUGGUCAUCAUCAUGGUGCUGAUUGCGUAUAAGAGAAAGUCGAGGGACGCCGACCGCACCCUGAAACGGCUGCAGCUGCAGAUGGACAACCUGGAGUCCAGGGUGGCGCUGGAGUGCAAGGAGGCUUUUGCGGAACUGCAGACGGACAUCCACGAACUCACGCAGGAGCUGGACGGAGCAGGAAUCCCCUUCCUGGACUACCGCACGUACGCCAUGAGGGUGCUCUUUCCGGGCAUCGAGGACCAUCCGGUUCUCAAGGAGAUGGAGGUACGGGUGCCUGCGAAUGUGGAAAAGUCCCUGACGUUGUUUGGCCAGCUGCUGACCAAGAAGCACUUCCUGCUGACAUUCAUUCGCACUCUGGAAGCUCAGCGGUCCUUCUCCAUGCGAGACCGCGGCAACGUGGCGUCCCUCAUCAUGACGGCGCUGCAGGGAGAGAUGGAGUACGCCACGGGCGUCCUCAAGCAGCUCCUGUCUGAUCUCAUCGACAAAAACCUGGAGAGCAAGAACCAUCCCAAGCUCUUACUCAGAAGGACCGAGUCGGUGGCAGAAAAGAUGCUCACAAACUGGUUCACCUUCCUGCUGUACAAGUUUCUCAAGGAGUGCGCUGGAGAGCCCCUCUUCAUGCUCUACUGUGCCAUUAAGCAGCAAAUGGAAAAGGGGCCGAUUGAUGCAAUGACAGGAGAAGCCCGAUACUCGCUCAGCGAGGAUAAACUCAUCCGGCAACAAAUCGACUACAAGACACUGACGCUGCACUGCGUGAACCCGGAGAAUGAAAACGCUCCUGAGGUGACGGUGAAGAGUCUGAACUGCGACACGGUGACGCAGGUGAAGGAGAAGCUGCUGGACGCGGUGUACAAGGGCACCCCCUACUCCCAGAGACCAAAGGCCUCAGAUAUGGACUUAGAAUGGCGGCAGGGCAGAAUGGCUCGCAUCAUCCUCCAGGAUGAGGACGUCACCACAAAGAUCGACAAUGACUGGAAGAGACUCAACACUCUGGCCCACUACCAGGUGAUGGACGGCUCGGUGAUCGCCUUGGUGCCAAAACAGAACUCGGCCUACAACAUCUCCAACUCAUCCACGCUCACCAAAUCUCUCAGCAGAUAUGGUACGAAAGAAGAGAGCAUGCUGAGGACCGCCAGCAGUCCGGACAGCUUGCGCUCCCGAACACCCAUGCUCACCCCUGACCUGGAGAGCGGCACCAAGCUGUGGCAUCUGGUGAAGAACCACGACCACUCCGACCAGAGGGAGGUAGAUAGGGGGAGCAAGAUGGUCUCGGAAAUCUACCUAACCAGACUGUUGUCCACCAAGGGCACGCUCCAGAAGUUUGUGGACGACUUGUUUGAGACAAUCUUUAGCACAGCGCACCGAGGCAGCGCCCUGCCCCUCGCCAUCAAGUACAUGUUUGACUUUUUGGAUGAGCAGGCGGAUAAACACUUCAUAACAGACUCUGACGUACGGCACACCUGGAAGAGCAACUGUCUUCCACUGAGGUUCUGGGUGAAUGUGAUCAAGAACCCCCAGUUUGUCUUUGACAUCCAUAAGAACAGCAUCACGGAUGCGUGCUUGUCCGUGGUGGCUCAGACCUUCAUGGACUCGUGCUCCACAUCGGAGCAUAAACUGGGGAAAGACUCGCCUUCAAACAAGCUGCUUUAUGCUAAAGACAUCCCCAAUUACAAGAACUGGGUAGAAAGGUACUACUCUGACAUCUCCAGAAUGUCUGCCAUCAGCGAUCAGGACAUGAGCGCCUACCUCGCAGAGCAGUCCCGCCUUCACGCCAACCAGUUCAACAGCAUGUCAGCCCUACACGAAAUCUACUCCUACAUCAUCAAAUACAAGGACGAGAUUUUGUCAGCUUUGGAGCGGGACGAGCAGGCGAGGAGACAGAGACUGAGGAGCAAGCUGGAGCAGGUCAUCGACACAAUGGCCCUGAGCAGCUGAGGACCAUCCUCCUCCGAGUCCUCACUCCUUCUUUCCAUCUGUCCCCCUCUCCCUCGCCGUCGCACCAAGACAACAAACAGAACUCCAACCCCCAACAAUAUGAGCUGCAAACGGACAGAAGCAGUAAACUGGAAGAUGGGCGGGCCUGGGUACGCUUACAUGUGUUUGUCUGCGGCCCCACGCGGCGUGGGGGGUCCGCGCCUGCGGGCGAGGCCGAGGCGGCGGACAUUUUCACGCAGAGCAAGUGAAGUGACAGCGUUUGAUUAUCCUUGCUGUUUGUGGUUUGCUUGAUUUUGAUUUUAGGAGUUUUGUCGUCUGCAAGGAACAGACGCCCUGACAGGAUCUGACAUCACGAGCAGAAUGGACCAAUCUGUCAGCAGCCUUUUGGGAGGGGCUCUGAGGGUCAUGUGACUCGAGCAGAAGCCACAGUCUGAGCAAUGUUUUUUUUGUUCCUUUUGUUUUCUUUUGUAUAGAUGUUAUCUGCCCACUUUCUGAUCUGUCGCCACUUGUUUUACUGCUGAAUUUGCACAGUUUACAGAAACGUUACAAAGCAAACCUAUAUAGAUAUUAUAUAUAAAUACAACUACGUUUUGAAAAGAAAAUGAAGAAGAAAACGGUUUUGUUUUUUUCUGUUUCAUUUGAUCCAACAAAUAAAACAAUGAAUCAUUAUUUGUCAGAACAAGAAAAAAAACUUAAGUGCUCGGCGUGAACAGAAAAUUGAAAAAGAAACAAAAGUUCAUACUGUGCCAUGUUUCCUUUGAAUGUUGUUUAGUGCAGAGACAUUUUGUGAGAUGGAAUGUGUCUGAUUUUAAAUAUGAACAUGCCUAGUGACUGAAAAUGGUUUGAAUUAGGGCCCAUCAUGAGAUCCUCCUAGACAGAAAGCUGUAAGUUUAUGACAGAAGGAAGCUCUAUCUUCAGUCGGUGCAAUCUCUUGGUUUCUUGAAGCCAAAUAUCACCAGGUUAUUACUUUAUUAUAUUCUUUUUUUUUUUUUUACGACUCUACGGCUGCUGGAUGUUUUGAAGGAUGAAGUAGCUCCAUUGCACUAGCUAGAAUAUUUCCCUUCGCUUCGGCGCAUCGUAGCCACCGUUUCUGGUUGUUCCUGUUUUUUCUCCACCUGCUCCUAUUCCAAAAACUGUCGUACAAGAGCCAAAUCAGUUAUAACCUUUCUGCUUUUACCUUUUUCUUUGGGAUCCUCCGUGAGGUCAGGUAGCGCUUAGCUGAGCCCUUUAGAAGUUUCCAAACUAAAGCUACAGAAUUAUUUAGCAUCUUCUCGAUGUCAAUUCCCAGAUAAAGAGGCUGGAAAGAUCCAACCUAGCGACUUUUUCCGCCUGUUUUAGUGGGAAAGUCCUUCAUCCACUUGGUUGGAUAGAUGGCUGCAGAAGAACCAGGAGGUGAAGCCCCUCUAAUUAUCAAUUAAAGCAGGCAGAGGGACCCUCCUCUAAGCUUGCAGCUCUUAUUUUGAAACUAUCCUGUUGCCAUGUGUGACUUAAGCUUUUUAUAUUCCUGUUUCUGGGAGAAUUCUUUUUGAAGUCUUGACGUCAUGGAUUUUGAUUUGUGGUGAGAAAUACUUUUGUUUUUUCUGCUUGAUGAAAACCAAACUGUGGUCUGUAUAAAAAAAAUUUGUUGUUUUGUUUGUAAAUUGUUUACAUGACUAACAAAAAGCUGUUUGCCAUUUUUUUUUUGUGUUUAAACCAGUUUCUUUUUACCUUCAGCGUGUAAAUUGUACAUUCACGGUACACGGAAGACAACUCCUCUUCAGGUUCCCUGAAGCCAAUGUACUUGACCGAACUCCAGGUUCUAUGCGAUGAUUUUCAGAAUCAGGGCGGAAACUGUCGAAUCGGAUGAGCGUCUGUGUUGUCGUGGAAACUUGCUGCUUUACCUUGUAUGUUGUUUUUCUAUGAAACCUUUGGGCUGUUUUUCAGUGCUGAUCAGAAAUGCUGUCCGUGUCGAACAGGCCACUUAGUUGUCUUACGCUUCAAGAAGCAGACUUGAGACUCGGACAGCGGUGAAUCUGAGGCAUGGUGUGGUACGUUUAAAUAGACUCGAGAAAGAAUGGGUCUACCUGAAAAUUAGAUGUGGGGGGGUGUCCUGUGUUUUAUUUUGAAAAGGUAAUAGAUUUUGUCUGCGUCCUCGCUGAAAGCUUCCCGUUUGAUAAGAUUGAGUUUUAGCUGCAGCGUAUGUGGAAUCUGAGUCUAGUGGGAGACUCAUUGCAGUCGCUUUGUGAAGAAACGCAAACCGUCUCAGCUGCUGAUCCAGCUCAAACUCAAGACAGGAAGUCUUCCACAACAGGGCUACAUUUUUUCAAAAUAAAACACCUUUGGCCUCAUUUGUGCUCACACAAUUUCUCCCUAUUGGAGCCCGUAAAAGCUACUCCUCUAAAGCGGAAGAUAAAAUGUACUGCAGGCGUGUCAAGGCUUUUAAGGGAUCACUCUGCCCAACCAGUUCUAGAAAGGCUUCUUCGGCUCACGCAAAGACAGCUCUUACGGUCAGAUGUUCUCAAACACUGAAAAACCUCCGCUGAAAUGCUCCGUGGCCAGGCUGCUUCACUUUUUCUGCGUUCAAACAUGUGGGUGUUCUUACUGUAUGGACCACACGGCUGCUGAGGCUCUUGCUGUGUGGUAAGACACUGUCUGCUACAGCACACAGCAUGGACACGCCAGCGGGUGAUCUUUUUUUGUUUUUUUGAACCUCCUCAUUUAUGAAACUCCCCCCAUCCUUUUGAUUUGUGGCACAUUCAGGUUGAUGAAGUGACUGCCAGGGUCCAAGCCUGUUUUUCCACCCACAGUCACUUGCCUUUCAGACUGACCUGCUUUACAAGUUUCACGCAUCACGUUGAAGGAUCCACCGCAGCUCUCCGUCUUCAUCCUUCAUGCUGCAUCGUUCAGUUCCUCAGCUAACUUGUAUUCAAUGUUGCCGCGGUGGUAGAAUGUCGUCUAAAAGCAUUUUGGUGUCACGUGAACGAGUGAUCAUCUCACGGCUCCUCUAGACAAAAACAUAAAAAAACAAAAAAACAUGACAUUUGUGGGUUUUCUGCUGAGUCUAACCGACAGGUAAACUUUGGUGUAACGUCCUUAACGUGAGUGGAUCCAGCACAACCUUGUGUUUAAAGCUCAGCUCUCUGCAGUCCAAGCAUCGUACCCCUUAGGUUGUGGUCCCAUUCAAGCCCUCUGAUGAUUUUCCUUCAUACUGGAAGUUGCAUACGAUCCGUGGACAAACAAGGACUUUUAAUUCCAAAUUGUAAACAAGGACUUUAACCUAGAAACUGCUACAUUUUUUGCAUUUCAGACUUGAAGCGACUGUCACGAGUUUGCAGGUCAACAUUCAUUGUGUAAAUAUUCUGUUAUUUCCUAUUUUGCAGAUUUACUACUUGUAAAUAAACACAUCAACAAAGAGAUUAAACAUUUUUUGCUAAAUAAAGA